CCCAAACAAACAGACCACGUUGCCCCAAAUCACGAGGCGAAUAUUGUGUGUGGUCGACGGAGUCACCGAUUACUUCUACGAGUAUGCAACCGUGUCAUGCAGAUCUCAUUACCGGGUUUUCAGGCUGCCCGAUGGCUGGCUCGGCUCGUUUAAAAUGGCCGGGCCGCGCCCUGUGAUCGCGCGCUGACGCUGUUUGCUUUCCAGCCUUGCACGCCCACACGCCGACUGCCAACGCGCCGCUCAGCAUCCCACCGUUUCAAGUCCUCGCGCGGAGUCGCAACACAAUCGACGAGACACUAUCUGCCCGCCGCGGUGCAACCGUUCUCGAAGCCAGUCCUAUUCAGCGCAGAGCGUCAGCCGUCUCUGUCGCUAGCCCGAACCUCGGUUAACCCCUCAUUGAGUAUAUCGCGGGGAGCCAUGGCAUCCUUCUUCGUGGGGCUCUGGGAGUCCAUCUUCACGCCCGGCCCGACGCCGACGCUGCUCGUGACCACAAACGUCACAUUCGCCGCCCUGCAGGUGGUCCUGGCCGCGCUUCUCCUGGCCACAUACAGCGUGCACUUUCUGGUGCUGUCGGGGCUCUGCGGCGGCCUGUGGGCGGCCAUCAACUGGUUUGCGCGCGAGCUGAAGGCGCACCAGUUGCAGGAGGAGGAGAAGGCGCGCCGCGCCCUCGCGGCCAGGCCGUCACCGGCGCUCUCCCCGGACGACAGCGAGACCGAGGUGGAAGCGGCAAAGUCGACGGCAAGCCUGCGCAGGGGACCGCCCGGGCCGGCGCCGUCUGCGAAGGCGGCGGCCGUCAGCAGCGAGGUGGAGCCCGCCGAGGCACAAGGGGAGCUGAAGCUCAGGACUGUCCAGGAGGUGCCGAGUCUCAGCCAAGGACAAAAGAGCGGGGUCAGCACGGAGGACGAGUGGGAGAAGGUGUCGGAGAACGAGAAGGAGAAGUAGACAGGCCCAUAUUCCUGGGCAGGGUCGGAGGCAAUGGCGGUGUGGCAUUUGGCAUAUAGCAUGACGUGGCUUGGUAUCUGAGUUGUAUAUAACGGAGGCCGGGCUGCGAUCUGAGUGUGCAUUUAAAUGCGCCGAGUUCCCGGGCCUGGAGAGUAAACCCCGGGAGACUUGAAUACAAGUGAAAAGCAAAGUUUGCAAAUUUGGAGUGGUUU